AUGGCUCCACCAUUCCGACCUCCGCGGCCCACUGAUCCACCUUCAACAUUCAGGGUUCCCACUUACUUGCUUUCUGCCCCUCCACUCCAGCUUCGCAUGUACACAUUUCUCCCGGUCUGUGUUUUCCCUUCUUUUCUCAAUUCUCAGCCAUGUCUCGGCCUCUUCGUCCUCCUCCCCGUUGUCGUUGUCAUGUCUCCUAAAGCCUCUCCGCCACCGGGCGCACCGGUGAGCGGCCCUCCUCCAAUCGAGGCAGACACCGCCGCCUGCAGCCUCGACGCCCAUCAGUGCGAUGACGACGACGACAACGGCUCUGGCUACGACACCGAUGCCUUGCCUCAUGCCUCUGCCUCCCCUGCGUCCAGCUCUCCGUGA